UGUGGGCCACAGCCCGUCCCCGACAGCCUGGAGGAGGAGUCUCUUCUCAAGUUGAGAGGUUUGGGGUGGGCCCCCCGCCCCCAAAGGCGGCUCCGGGGACACCUGGGACCACGGCUGAGACGUGCGGUGGCUGGAGGGAAGUGAGAGGUGAACUCGGCCUGGGCCGGGCUGGGCGAGACCCUCCACCACCCACUCCCCUGGACCACUGAUGGCCAUGGCCGUGGCCCAGCAGCUGCGGGCUGAGAGCGACUUUGACCAGCUUCCUGACGACAUUGCCAUUUCAGCCAACAUCGCGGACAUCGAGGAGAAGAAAGGCUUCACCAGCCACUUUGUUUUCGUCAUCGAGGUGAAGACGAAAGGGGGGUGCAAGUACCUCAUUUACCGUCGCUACCGCCAGUUCUACGCCUUGCAGAGCAAGCUGGAGGAGCGCUUCGGGCCGGAGAGCAAGACCAGCCCCUUCACCUGCGUCCUGCCCACGCUCCCAGCCAAAGUCUACGUGGGUGUGAAACAGGAGAUCGCCGAGAUGCGGAUACCCGCCCUCAACGCCUACAUGAAGAACCUCCUCAGCCUGCCCAUCUGUGUGCUGAUGGAUGAGGAUGUCCGGAUCUUCUUCUACCAGUCAGCCUAUGAUGCGGAGCAGGUGCCCCAGGGGCUCCGCCGGCUCCGCCCACGCACCCGGAAAGUGAAGAGCGAGUCCCCACAAAGUGCCAGCCUUGACCGCAUGGCAGCUCCACGAGCAGAGGCCCUGUUUGAUUUCACUGGGAACAGCAAACUGGAGCUGAAUUUCAAAGUCGGAGAUGUGAUCUUCCUUCUCAGUCGGAUUAAUAAAGACUGGUUGGAGGGCACUCUCCGGGGAACCACGGGCAUCUUCCCAGCAUCCUUUGUGAAGAUCCUCAAGGACUUCCCGGAGGAGGAGGACCCCACCAACUGGCUGCGCUGCUGCUUCUAUGAGGACACCGUCAGCACCACCAAGGACAUCGCGGUGGAGGAAGACCUCACCAGCACCCCACUCUACAAGGACUUGCUGGAGCUUGUGAGGCGGGAGUUCCAGAGGGAGGACCUUGCCCUCAACUACAGGGACGCCGAGGGGGAUCUGGUUCGGCUGCUCUCGGACGAGGACGUGCAGCUCAUGGUGAGACGGGCCCAAGGCCUCCCCUCCCAGAAGCGCCUCUUCCCCUGGAAGCUGCAUAUCACCCAGGAGGACAACUACAAGGUCUACAACACGGUUCCCUGAGCUGCCGGUGUCCCUGGGGCUGUGAGGGGGCGCCCAGCAAGGAGCCCUCCGAGGGAAUGCGGACCAAGAAAGGCCGGGAGCACGGGGCAGGCUUCCUGGUUCUGUAUCCAUCGGACCUGCUGGGCGUGGCUCGUGCUGUCUCGACAUCUGGUCUCUGAAUUAAAUAAACCAUUUUGUCUCCAA